UGAUCUGCACGUGGAGCUGGCGGGAAGGGGACAUAGCGAUUGCGAGGGCUGCGGAGCGCUGCGCCGGCUGCGCUGUUUCCUGCUUCGCUGUUGAGUUCAGGAGGCCUCUCUGACUUAGCCUCUUCCAACCCUUGCAGGGAUAGGACUCCCAGGAUCUAGUUCCGCGCGGCUUGCAGCGGGUGGGCGCUGUUGUGAGUUUGGGAGCUGUGGUUCUCCGGGCGGUGGGUGCUGCGUUGACGGCUACUUGUAAAAACAGACUGGGCAGCUUUGGAAAGACUCAGCUUUUCUGGCCCCCUCGAGCUCGUGCGACUCCCUUUGCCCUGAAUGUUUGCCUGCUCGCUCGGGCCUCGGCGGAAGCCCCCCUCUUGACGCCUCGUAAGCCAAUAUCAAUAGCUAAGCUACGAUGGCUGUUACAGUUUUCAGAUCUUUCCAAGUAUAUGCUUCUAAUGUACAAGCACGCCGACAAUUGCUAACUGGAAGCAGAGCCUUGAACCAUUUUUGUCAGAAAAUGAGGCAGUUCGCUGUCUGCUACUUUGACUCUUCUAUAUUGAAAAACCAAAGAGAUUUCCAGUGCACUUCUUGUAGAAAUUACUAUAUGAAACUAGAAAAUCAUAUUAGCUCUGUUGUGGAAACAAUGCAACAUCUUGGAGAGGCCAAUAACAAUUUAAAAUCUAAUAGCAAGUCAGUGGAUGAACAGAUAUUUUUAAAGGAAUUGAACCAAUGGUCUUCAUGCAAGGACAUUUUCAAAUUUGUGAGUUCAUUGGAAAGUUUAUCUGACAUCAUGGUAGCAGCUAUCUUUCAGCGGCUGGGUGAGGUCCAGUUACAGGACAACUUAAUGAAAAGUCCUGAGGAACUGAUGGAAAGCUACAUCUUCAAAUCACUUUGCUUGCAGCUGGAACAAGAAUCUGCAAAUUUGUCUGACUUUGCUCUUGUAAAUUCUCUAAAUGGUUUGACAAAGUUGUGUGUGGAUCCUUGUAGUACCCUGAUGGUUCGUUUGGUGUCAGAGAGCCAGGAACGUCUUGAUAAGGGCCAGAUGAGUAUAAAAAAUUUAUGCAUUCUUGGAGAAGGUUUAUUUAACCUUGGAGGACCAGAACAUACUAUGCUGGAACAAGUUAUGAAUCAAAUUCAAAGUACAAAUCUUGAGGACUGGAAUGUUGAAGAAAUGGUCCUGGUAUACAGAACUCUGCAGAUAGGUAUAGGUAGGACAGGGAAAUUCCAGAACCUGUUGAACAAAAUGAACAGUUUUGCAGAGUCAGAAGAUUACCAGUUCACUCCCAGACAGACAAGUACAGUGUUAAAUGCUCUGGUUGUUCUUGAUGAAACCCAAGUCAAUAACUUGAUAAUAAGACUUUGUAAGCAUGCAUCAUGUUAUAUCCCAUACUUCACAGAUGAUGAAAUGAUAAAUGUGUUGGAAGCAUUCAUUCAUUUUAGAUGCUCUGACCAGUGUUUCACAGAAGCGCUAGAAAGACAUGUUAUCAAGUUUGCCUUUGUGAUGCAUCCCAACACAAUUUCCAAAGUCAUGCAGUACUGCAGCAGGCUAUGUAUUCUUUCCAAACCCAUAUUCAAUGCAGUGGCAGAAACUUUUGUCUAUAAUGCUGACAAUUUCACCAUUUCUCAGAUUGUUGAGCAGGUUGUUCCAUUUGGGAAGCUCAACUAUUUGCCCCCAUGUGCCCCAUCUUUUUUCCGACAGGUUGAAAGGCUUGUUAGGAUGCGACUUUCUGAGUUUGAGCCUCAUGUGCUUCUGAACCUUCUUCAUUCAUGCAUUCUUGUUAAAUGCUAUCCACUAAAUUUUAUGGAAAAACUGUUCAGUCCCUAUUUUCUGCAGCAGUUGCAAGCUGAAAGUCCCAGCUUGAAGAUUUUUUCUCAAUUGACACAGCUAUUUUUAACCGUUCAACUGGAGUGUCCAUACUAUAAGAAUCCCGGGCUCCAUCUAAAUUACCAAGUCAAGUCCUUUCAUACCAGAUGUGAGUCAUUAGAAUCCAAGGUAGAUCUUCAUCUUUUCAGCAAAGUGAAGAUUGGCAUGAUUGACCUCUUGGGGGACCAAAAAUAUUUUGCCUGUAAUGUUCUGACUCCAUAUCACUACACCAUAGAUAUUGAGAUUAAACUCAAUGAAGAAGGAUUUGUACUACCAGUCAAUGCACAAGAUGAGGUAUAUGAAAGAAUAGCUCUGUGCAUUGAUGAUGAAAAGAGAUUUUGUGCCAAUAGCCACAAUCUUCUUGGAAAAGAAUCCAUUAAGCAAAGACAUCUGAAGCUCAUUGGUUAUGUGGUUGUACAGAUCCCAUUUUUUGAGUUUAACCCACUGAACAACAAAAAUGAUGUACUGGAUUACCUACACAAGAAAGUAUUUCCUAAUUUUUAUAGUUUCCAUGAGUAAUAAAGCUGAAUCCAAAUGAAGCUGAAAUAUAUGUGAAGGCUAUUGUUGAUUUUGCAUUUGGGAAAGAUUAAAAAUAAAUCCAGUGUUUAUCCUA